AGGUUGAGUCCGGUCGGUCCAAUCCUUUUGGAUGUAGCACAGGGACGCAGCUGUCCCUUCGUUAUCUCGGAGAAUCAACAUGCUCUGGUCCAUUCUCCCUUUGGAUCUGAAGAUGAUGGUAUAUGACCACAUUGCCCCAGACGACAAAAGAGCCUUUCGCUAUGUCGACAAGAUCACCUAUCAGACCUUCAGACAUCGGGUGAACCUCGCGGCGCCCAAGACCCGGGACGCGGUUACCACACUCCUUCGCUUUGACCACUACAGCCACUUUGGGACCGAGGCUACGCUUGGUGACGCUCUUCUCCGUCGCGCGACGCACACGGGCAUUACGCUGCCCUGCGACGCCAGAGCUGAGAGCUCUGGCUCUAGCGAAGGCCAGCGAGGAGCGCAGCGCGUCCUUGCAGCGAUGCCCAGCUACACCCAGCUGAUGCUGACAAUUCCGCGCUUUCCUAGCCUGGUGCAGGAGCUUGUGGACGGCGCCACAGGGACCGAUUUGGACAUUGCUGCGGCACGGUGGAUUGCGGGCAGGGCUGAACUUGGUUUCACCACGCCCUUCUACGUCAAUCUUCCUCCGGCCCUUGAGCGCUCAGCCUUGGGGUCCUGGAUAGCCACGACCCUAGGAGGCGAGGUUUGGCGGACCGUCUCUCGGGAAAAACAGGAAGAAUGCCCCGAAUCGUCCUUGGCGGCCUCGCAAAGCCACGCGUCUAACGUUCGUGCCCAGGAUCCAGUCGUUUGUUCGGGUAGCCGCGAGACUUAUCGAUCUCAACUACGGCAAGGCUGCGCGCCAGCGCUUCGUUCGACAGAUUACCGCAGCCUUUUCAGACAUCGUAGACAGCCUUAUCGACCCAAAACGACACGAAGGCUCGGGCAAAUCAUUCCGGGGCCUGUUCGAGAAUUUUUUUGCCCGCAGUGGCUUCCCGACGGGCAUGGUACUGUCGGAGCAAGAGGGCUGGCAACGAAUGAAGAGAACAGUCCAAGACGGCCUAGCAGAUCUGACAUGAGAAGAUGGCCCGCAACCCUGAUCGAUGACGCAUAUGUCUCGCAACAAAGAGAUCCACACGUCGCAGCGUCGGAUCGCGGUUGAGCCAUAACAUCACGCGAACAUUUGUGCACACACGCGUGGCUGUGCAGCGUGUUGAUGAUGGAAGGUCGCGUCUACGUUUGAUCACGUUGCUCACCUGCUCUACAUCCACACUCAUGGCUAACGAUCAGUACACGAUCUUGCCUCGCCAUCACGUUGGCGGCCUUUUGCACUGGUCCCUAGUACUCCCUACCGCUUGCCUGGCUGGUGAUCACCACUAUUCACGAUGAUCACGA